AUGUCACGAUUUUAUGAACAGAAAUAUAAAGGAUGGAGUGAUUCUAAUUUACAUAAACCUUUUCUCUACUGCAUACAAACAUCGGAAGAAGAAGAACCUCUGUAUCCAUCGCGAUUAUCAUUACCAAUAUUUUCAAUAACACAUCAGUGUACACCUUUCAAAAAAACUUUAUCAAAUUACUGUUUGUGUGGCAGACAGUAUGAUGGAAGAAUGAGGCCUUUAAGAAUUCAAAUAGAAGAGGCUUUGGCUGAAGAUAAACAAACAGCUUUGAUACAACAUUUAAAUUUGAGUACUAGUGCUCUUGAAGCUCUUGUUCAAUAUGGACAAUCUUUGCAAGUAUCUCAAUUAGCUGCAUGCAGAGUGCUUAAUAUUAGUCAUCUACUUGCAUUUCCUCAAUCUUACUCUAUAAACUUUGAAUCUGAUACUACGCAUUUAUCAAUGCAUCUGCAACAGUUAGAAGAACAGAAGAAGAAUAAAUUAAUAGUUCUACAAGAUUUGAUGGAACAUUGUUCAAAACACGUAACUCUCUCAAGACAUUUUAAUGAAUUAAUGAACAAUCAUUGUAAUCGGAAAAAAGACUUUCAUACCGCAACAAAAAACUUCAAAAACUUCCUUAAUAAUUUUACACUGUCUGUAUCACAAAUGCAAAAACUACAUCAACAAUAUGAUACUAUUCUAAAUAGCUAUCAACAAAGUAGAUGUAUGUUAGACUUGGAACUACCAAAAGUGAUAAGCACACGCUUAAUGGCUUUAUAUGAAGGUUUUGAAAAAAUUAAAACUGUUUGCAACAAUACAACCGAUGAUAAUGAAAUUUUAGCAUUAUUUAAAUUAAUUGGAGAAAGGCUUUACACAAAAAGUUCGAAUACAGGUAAUAAAAACAUAAAGUAUAUAAAUAAAAAGUAUGAUACAAUAUUUAUAUUCAUCAUAAUAAAAUUAUAUGUUUGAUAGUGACAAUUUCCCAACUUGAAGAUUCAUCCAAGUCUAAAUUGUGCCAAAAGUGUAAAAUAAACCGCGUGGAUGAUGAAUAA